CCUGUACAGAGCUGCAGUCAGGGUACAGUGAAUAGUACACCUGUUGCACUUCCCAGGCUUUCUCUCUCUCUCUCUCUCUGUCCCUCUUUCUCUUUCUUCACUUCUUUUCUCCUUCAUCAACCUGAGAGCACAGGAGGAGCACCAUGGAUCCCAAGGAGGGCAGCGGGACCGAGAAGGAGAAGGAGAAAGUGAUAAAAAGGAGGAACCGUCCCAUGUUCAUUCGCUACCUGGAGAGGAGGAAGACGGACACUAUUGUAGCUGAAGACAUGGCCAAAGGUGACAUCAACCUGGGGACGCUGGUGAGGAGGAGCCAGUCUGAUAAGACGGAGUACAGCGCCAAACUUAAAGAAAAACUGAUGCCACACAACCUGUCCACCCUCCCCUCCCCCAUCCUGGACCUGGAGGAGGUCCGUGCGAGGAAGAUGAAGCACAGGGCCAAGGUGAUAAAGGAGCUGGUGCAGACUGAGAAGGACUACCUCACCGACUUGGAGCUGUGCGUCAGAGAAGUGGUGCAGCCUUUACGAAAGCUGCAGGUGGUGGAUGUGGAUCGUCUCUUCACCAACAUGGAGACGUUGUGCGAGGUGUCGGCAGCACUUCUUCACAGACUGAAUGAGGCCAUGGCUGAGCCGGACGCAGAGGCUGUGGUUAUAGGUGAUGUGUUCAUCCAGGCAAAGGCAGCUUUAGAAGAUGUGUAUAAGAUUUACUGUUAUCACCACGACGAUGCUAACACGUCGCUCAAAUCCUACGAGAGAGAGGAAGAAAUGAAGCAACAUUUCACUGCAUGUGUGUUGGCUCUGAAAAAAAUUUAUGACCAAGAAGGAAAGCCUAAUUUGUUGGACAUGGGCUCACUGAUCAUCAAACCUGUCCAGCGGAUCAUGAAGUACCCACUGCUCCUUGCAGAACUGUGGCAGGCCACACCUGAAGACCACCCGGACUUUCUGCCGCUGCAGGAGGCCUUGACCGCCACGAAGAUCAUAAACGUCAACAUCAAUGAGUUCAAGAGGAGAAAGGACAUCGUGAUGAAAUACAAGAGGUCAGAAGAUGAAGGAACGCUGAGAGGCAAGCUAAACAAACUUAACAUCCACUCCAUCCGCAAAAAAUCAGACCGGUUUGCUGGUUAUCUCAAGAUUCUCACUGGAGUUGAGCCACAGGUGAGAGAUGAAGUGUUUGACAGAGAAGAGAAACUGUUCAGGAGUUUGGAGAAAGCCGUGAGACAACUGACCAAGAAUGUCCACUGCUACAUGCAGCACAUUCAGGAGAUGGUGUCUGUGGCUUUUCAGAACGUGAAGGAAAUGGAAAACAUUCUCACAGACCCAAGCAAAAACGACCUGAAUGGUUCAUUGCACAACAAUAGCAAUGAUCCAUACAAGUACUUUAAGGACAGGAUGGAGUGCUUGGUCUUGGCCCCGCUGUCCUGCCUGCAGGGCAUGUUCACAGCCCCACAGAAGCUCAUGCAGAAGCGCUAUGACAAACUGCUGGAUUACUGCAGCCGCCUCGAGCGCUCGUCCUCUAACUCAUCUUCAUCGUUUCCCACAUCUUCCUCCACUUCACAAGCCUCGGAGGUUCCUCCUGGUCUCGCCAAGAGAGACUAUGAGGCCAUGAACGCGUUGCUGGUGGAGGAGUUGCAGAGGUUCAACAUGGCGGCUCAUAUGAUCUUGACUAACUGUGUGGGGAGUCUGGUGGCCCUUCUCAAAGGGCUGAUGGCUAACGCCUCGGCUGGUGCUCCAGCUGUCCAGCAGCUACCACCUCCACUGUCCAACAUCGCUGAAGUUCAGAACAGCAUCAUGGAUGAGCUGAACAACCUGACAUUCGUCAAGGACAAUGCACAGAAGCUGAUCGAGAGAAAAGUCAGCUUUGAGAGACAACGAGACAAGAAAACAGCAGUGCCGGAGGUGCAGCAUCAGACGGAGGAGCAGCGUGCCUGGCUGCUGUCAGAAUACCCUCUGAGCCGUCUGUACCAGCUGAAGAGAAAGUGCAACGGCUGCCAGGAGCUGGACCUCAGCCUGCUGGAGGGAGAGCUGGUGGCCCUGCUGGAGGACACCGACCCCUCAGGCAGCAGCUGCCGCUGGCUGGUGGACACUGGAGGAGCCCAGGGCUACGUCUACUCCACGUUCGUGAAGCAGUACAACCCCCUGAGGGACUCGCAGAGGUCGGCUCAGAGGGCCUCGGAGCAGCAGGCCCAGCAGCCUCAGCAGACCCAGCUGCAGCAGACGGUCAUGGACGAUGAGGACUUUGAUGACCUCAGCCUGUUCGUGUCAGGCAGCAGCAGCCUGCGCAGCAUCAACCUCAGCACCGCCGACAGCAGCUCCACCCUCUCCAACCUCUCCACCCUCUCCAGUGUGCAGCUGGAGCUGGAGAGCGGGGAGCAGCUGGUGGAUCCAGCAGACACGGAUGCUCAGCAGUUUUAUGCGGUGUACGCAUUUCACGCACGCUGUGACCAGGAGCUGUCCCUGCAGGAGUACCAGCAUGUUCGUAUCCUGAAGUUCUCUGACCUGGGGGGCAACAAAGAGUGGUGGCUGGCUGAGGCCAACGGACAGAAAGGAUACGUCCCGGCCAACUACCUGGGCAGAAUGUCCUACGCAUGAACUCAGGACCUGUCGGCUGUUUAGCUUUUCAGAGCUUUGACAGAUGCAGUUCAAACACGGGAAACAGUCAGCGAGACUUGAUAUUUAGAAAAGUUUAAACCAAAGAUCAGAUAAGAAGUUCAUUUUGAAUUCAGUACCAACAAAACGCAGCUAGAGGAGCAGCUUUACCUUUUACAUGUUUCCUUUAAACAACCAUUUUAACAGAGUUUAAAUCUGAGCAGAACAAAUGCAGCCAUUUUGAAAACUAACUUUUCUACAUGAUAUAAGAUUCCAAAAAAUGGAUCCACCCAUCCAU